AGGUACUUCUUCAACAGCUUCAGCUGCCGCACCUUUUGCCACAGACUCAGUUUGUUCCACAAACUCUGCUCCAUCUUCCUGCAUCCGGUCUCUCUACUCCGCCGUUUUCGGGUCUCCCUAGCCCGACAGGCCCAACUACAGUCAGUUCCACCACUCCUGCUGCUCUUGGGGGAUGCAGUCUUCAAUUUAGUAUCCAGUCGCCGCAUCAAGUGAUUCUAUCCCCGCCUCAACAACAGCGCCAGCAGCAUCUUACGUAUCUUACUCAAUCCCCUACUGGAGUUCACUUGGUCGGCCUCCCAGGCUCUCUGAGCCUUCCCAACUCCGCUUCACUUUCUUCUUCCAUGAAUCCUGCCACUGCUAUAGGCAACAACACUAUCUUAAUUCCACGCCAGCACUUUGAGACCUUUAUAGAUCUCACAGAGCCCUCUCAAACUGGUGAUACUGCCUUAGGGACGUCUGCUCCUUCCGAUGGGCUAUUGGAGCCAGUACCUGCAUCGAACCAGGUGUCCACUGUCAACGUUUUCCCAGACUUUUAUACUCCAAAACGAGGUAGUUCAUGCUUUUGUUUUCCUUCGCUCUCAUCCCAUUUAUUCGUUAUUUUUCUCUUUAUAUUAUGA